AUGGAAUUGAGUUGCGUCGCCAUUUACAACAAUGCCGUCGACCCAGUGUUCCUUUACUUUUCCGAAAGCGUCACCGAGAUGUUGGGAUGGACUCCCGAGGAAUUAGUCGGUCAGACUUCAUCCACAUUCUUGCACACCGAUGAAGCCGGCGCACUGCAGCAACUUCAUCUUCGUAACAUCGCCACCGAAAGUCUCACAUCCUUGAUCACCUACCGAUUUUUGCAUAAAAACGGAUCCUACGUUCAGGUCGAAAGCAUCGUUCACUAUUGCUACGAUCUCCUUGUUACCGCCAACUUUUUACGCGAUGAGACGAGUCUCAAACACAAAGUACGAGCCAAUUCCACGGAUGAACUGAUCAUGGUGCAACCUGAUGGAUGCGCGCAACUCGUCCAAGUGCGAAAGUACCGUCGCGCUGAAGAAGAGCAUUCAUGGGAUUCUCAGAAUCCGAUGGUCAUGGCCAAAGUGACGGCAAGGAAGGAACCGCGCUUCUUUCUCUUGUUGAAUCGAUUUACAGACAAUCUCCAGAUUGUAUGGGUAUCUGAUCAAGCCGAAAGAUCGUUUGGCUUGGAUAUGCAAGAAAUGUACGGCAAAACUCUCUACCAUUACAUGCAGGAGAGCGAUAUUGUUGCCAUGAAAACCCAAAUUGAUCUCGCCAAACAAAUGGGCAUGGUCGUCCGGUUACGGUUCGAAUGGGUCGUGGAUCGCGAAAACGACGCGAGCUUCACCGUAGAAGCCAUUUUCGAUUGCACCCUCGACGGCAUCAUCAUGAUCAUUCGACGCGCUUUUCAAAUCAUCAUCUAG